AUGUUAAGUGAAACAACUCGAAAUAAUUCUAUUUUACCUGAGGAAUCGACGAGGAUGUUAAUGCAACCUUCAAGAAUUCCAAAUAAUUCAGCAAUUACCUCAACGCCUCAGCAAAAUAAUGGUGCAGACAUGUCAGCAAUUAAUACACAAACUGUUACAAAGAAGAGAACACGCCAACAAACGGUCACUGUCGAAAAUGCUUUUCCUUCUAAGGACAUUGAAAAUAUUUUUAAUCGAAUUCAAAGCUCACCUGGUUCUGAAAAUCAAAUGAUGGAACUUCAACGACAAGUCCAAAUGUUUUUUAUUCAAAAAGAGCGUGAAUGGGAGAAUAAACUUACUCAAAGUAAGCCGCCAGACAACGAAGAAUUAGCAUUAUCCAAAAUUAAAUUGAAAAGUGGACAGGCUAUGAUUUCUAGAAUUGAAAACUUCAACAAAAUCCUGAAAUCGAAAGGUCAACACCUUGCUCGUUUAAGCAAUUCAAAUUCUUUCUUUAAUGGCCAAAAUUCUGUUGACGAUGCUGGUGCUGGGACUCCUCGAAACGGUUAUCCCUUAUCACCUGGUCAAGUGGAUGAUCUGACAAGAGAAAGGAAUUCUUUACGUGAAGAUUGUGCAACAUUGGAGAGUAAUUAUGCUGAUUUGUUUAAACGUUAUGAAAAAAUGCGAGAAAAUUGUGUUCUUCUAAAAAAUGUAAAAAAAGCUUUCUUAUAA